AGAGGUUCCAGGACAAAUGUGCAGCAAGCCCCUGAGCAUGUGCGGAAAUGUUGUCAUCAGCUCCACCUAGAAAGACUUGGUGGAAAUCGAAAGCAGUAAAAGUCACAAGAUCCUACCCAACUUUCUCUUCCCUGAACGCUUGGGAAGAAUUCAGGGGCCUCUUGCCUGUGGAUGGAGAACCAACCCCCGGAGUGGGCCUGGGUGUGGAGGAGGGACUGCUCUGCCAGAUGGUUCACUCUCCAGAAUUCAACCUGUUCCCUGACUCCGUGGUGUUUGAAAGCAACUUUGUCCAGGUCAAAAAGGACAGGAACUGGAUCAACAUCUACAAAGCCUCCUACACCAUGGCCCUCGGGGUGACCUCCUCCGUGCCCUGCCUGCCCCUUCCCAACAUCCUCCUCAUGGCCCGCGUCAAAUGGCACCGGGGGCAGAGCCAGACGUGGAACAGACCAUCUUCAGUGCCAAACAUCAUCCUGAAGAGGAUUCUCCCAUUGAAGUACGUGGAGCUCCAAGUCUGUGACCAGCUCCAACGCAUCCUGCGGUUGAGGACGGUCACAGAGAAGAUCUACUAUCUAAGACUCCACUCUGACCAUCCUGAGACUGUCUUCCACUUCUGGAUCCGACUCGUUCAGAUUCUGCAGAAGGGCCUGUCCAUCACCACCAAAGACCCUAGGAUUCUUAUCACUCACUGCCUGGUGCCCAAGAGCAGCUGCAGCGUCUCAGGAGACUCUAAGUUAGUACAGAAGAAACCUCAAGCCUCCCAGCCCAGCGAGAGCCUCCUGCAGUUGAUGGCCAAGGGGGAGAGUGAGGCCCUCUCUCUGAUUUUUGCUGACUUGCACCAGCACAACCGGUUCAGGAGAAGCAAAAAGACCAAGACAAAAAAGGACAACUCAGAGAAAGAUAAUUCCAGUGAAGACAGCAUUCCGUGCACCCGCGACCUCAGUUGGAGGGAUUCCUUGACCUAUGGAGAGUGGGAAAGGGAGAAUCCCUCUGGGCCGCAGCCCCUCUCACUCCUCAGCACGUUGGCAGCCUCCACGAGGCCACAGCUGACUCUAUUCAUAGGAAAUUCUAUUUGAGCCACCCUUUCACAUUGGGGAGAAUCGAAGCGGCCCUUGCCAACACCGCUCUGCAGCAUUCAACUUUCUGAGGGACUCUGUCUGAAUGGAGAGAAGGAGAAAGCUGCAGCCAAGGAAAAUCUAGCAUCACCUCACGUGGAUAGCAUAGCCUUUCCUUGGAGACCCAUUUGGGAGCGUGGCUUCCAGAUGAAAAGCAUUAUCCAGCACGUAACUUUGUGACCUCCUCGCCUCCUUUCCACCACCAGGCAGGCACAAGAAGACAUGCUCUCGGAAGGGCCAGGACCACCGAGAGAAAGAGAAAAGGGAGGGAAGGGGAGCAGGAUCAGAGGAGAGGUGGAAGAGAACAAGAUGGAGGUGAAGAGGAAGGUGGGGGGAGGAGAUCAGAAAAGACGGGAGAUAAGGAGAGAUGGUAAGAAAAGGAAACAGGAGAGAGUUGGGAGAGAAGCUGGAGAACAAGAGAAGAAAUAUGCCUCACCAAGCUCCUAAUUACCUAAUUUAAAACUUGAAAGUAAGGCCAUAUACAAAAAAAAAUAAUAAUAAUGUGUUUUCUUCUCUGCUUAGACUAGUAUAAGGGGCCAGGUAUGAAUUCUAGCCACGGGCCUCUCUUUCUCUUUUGGCCCAGUUUUUCUUUUUUCUUUUAUUUUUCAUGUUUCUUCAUUUCAAAGAAGUUGGGGUUGUUUUUUCCCAUCACCAUUUAUCCCCUCUGUACCCUCUACCACCUCCACCCACCCCUCAGGUUUCUUGUUAGCCCCACUUUUCUGAGUUAAGUUUGGGACCUUCUUUCUUAGCCCAUCCCUAACUUGGACUUGCUAGCCAGGCCCUGUUGUCCCACACGGAGGCUUGGGUGUGAGACUACACAAGAUUCCUGCAGGAGGUAGUUAGGCAAGAUGUGUGAGAUAGAGGGGAUUUCUCUUUUGUAUUUAAACUUGCUAACUUGGCUCAUGUCUCAGCCCUACAAACUCUGGCUCGAUUUACUUCAUAUAUGACACCCCCUUGAAAUGUCAACACACCUUGUUAGUGCUCAUUAAAUGAUCAAUUCCAAAGAGAGGACAUACAGGCCCCGAGCACAGGUGAAAUCAGUGGUUCAUCGAUUAUAGACCAAGAGAGUUAUUAAUGAGUGUCUGUCAGAUGGCCCAUGGACCAGCCUCUUUUUAAAAUGGGCAGUAUUUCAUCUUCAAUAAAAACCAGGCUAUGAAUAUUUCAGAAAGGCUGCCCGCCCUUUAUCCCCUCUGUACCCUCUACCACCUCCACCCCCAAUUGGAAAGUGUUUUUGGAGAUCUUGCUUUGAUUCAAGAUUUCCUAGGAGGGUCUUUUUCUUCACUGAAGUGGUUUUCAAACUGAAAUUGUUAGAGGGCUAAAAAGUAAGCCCCUGGAUGUAAGCUCCAAGGAAUCAUUAGGUUCUAGUUCUUAGUGAUUUCGAUAGCCACAUAGAUGAUUCUUCCCAUGGUCCCUGUUCUUUGAACUGCUGCCCAAUGGUCUCGUCCUCCACCCUCCUCAGCCACCGACUCCCCUGAUUUUACCCGUUUGUCAAUAAUCCAUUAUUGCCAUUCUUCAGCUAUACCACCUCCCAUCUUUUCCCCUGAGUCCAAUAUCCUUCCACCCCGCUAACCCUGCAAUCUAUUCCUCCUUCUGGGUUUCCACUGUCCCUCACUUUCCUCAUGCCCUAGGUGACCCCAUCAUGGAGGUAGUGCUAAAGGGAAAGAAGUUGGCGUUGUUCAAUACAGUUAGCAGUUGAUACUGUUGGCAUAAGAAAUGUUCAAACCUGUAGACAAUUUUUAUGAAUUUAUUUGAGCCACUGAUGGCAAUUGCCAGGAAGCAAAAUCUAAAUGGAUCGAGAAAAUGC